CCAGGAUCCAUUUUCCGAUUGCUUGACGACAUGCGAGUUCCAUUCGCCGUCGUCGUGUGCGUUGUCGGCGCUUUCUGCAGCGUCGUCUUGUGGUACUCUGUGACGAUGAUCCCUGCCGACGAAUCCAUCCUCAGCACCGAUUUCCGCGACGGCAUGAAUGUGAUCGCAGACGAACGCGCUAUGUUGCGACAGGUCGUGGAGCGGCCGUACGAUGCGCAAAACCCCACGGGAUUUCCAUUGUCUUCAACGACUACCAGUCGCCCUGCCACCACCACGAACACACCGACCACGUCGAUGGAGGUUGCGAACGCCACCAUCUCUACAUCGUAGUAUCAACAGUUUUAAAUUAUUAUUGCUAUGUGUUGUACGCGCUACGGUCACA